CUUUUCUCUCUCCUCGAUGAGCUGUGACAGGAAGUCAUUCAAGGUUGUCGUCUGCACAAAGAAAGACUAAAUUGCACAAAGAAAGACUAAAUUGUACAAAAGAAGAGAGAUACAGAAAAGGCAAGCCAUGGCUUUCCGUGGAAUGCUUUUGCAACAAAAAUUUCUUCUUGGGGCCUUAAUUUUAGCAGCAACAGCCGCAUCUCAACCCAAUUCGAACUGCAACAACACAUGUGGAAAUCUUAGCAUCCCUUACCCAUUUGGAACAAGCGAGGGCUGUUACCUUGAUCCAUCUUUUCUCAUCACUUGUAACGACUCGUCCGGGACUCCAAAACCGUUUCUGGGCCGUAAUACUAGUAAUAUAGAUGUCCUCGACAUAUCAUUAUUGGAUGGUGAACUGCGAAUCUUAUCCUUUGUAGCCCGUGACUGCUACAACAAGUCGGGGCUUCGUGUCAACCACAGAAAUUACCAGGUCACAUUGCCGAAGUUUACCGUCUCAUAUACGAGGAACAAGUUCACUGUAGUCGGUUGCGACACUUACGCGUAUAUUUCAGGGGCAGUUCAAGCUACUUCAGGGCUAAAGAACUACGCGACUGGCUGUAUAUCACUCUGUGACCGCAUUGAGAUUGUGGUUAACGGGUCUUGCUCUGGCAUUGGCUGUUGCCAGACUUCUAUCCCAGAAGGAGUAAGAUCUUUGAAUGCUAAAGUUCGGAGCUUCGACAAUCACACCGCAGUAUUAGGCUUUAAUCUUUGUGGUUUCGGAUUUGUAGUGGAAGAAGAAGCAUACAACUUUUCCAUCUCAGAUCUUACAUAUUUACGGAAUAUAGUGACUGUUCCCGUGGUGCUUGAUUGGGCAGUCGGAAAUGAGACAUGCGAAGAUGCUCAGAAAAAUAUGACAGGCUAUGCAUGUAAGGCGGAGUAUAGUGAAUGUUACAACUCCACCAACGGUCCUGGGUAUCGUUGCAAUUGCUCCUCUGGUUUUCAGGGGAACCCAUACCUCCCUCAUGGUUGCACAGAUAUCGAUGAGUGCAACACUCGCCCAGAGAGCUGUGAUAAUAUAACUCAAAAAUGCAAUAACUUUCCUGGGAGUUUCAAUUGUUCUUGUCUAAAAGGGUACGAAGACGAUGGGAGCGGAACAAGUUGCCGUGCUAAAGUGAACCAAUCUAAGGUUAUUCCUAUUGCGUUGGGUAUUAGCAGUGGCUUUGGGCUAUUAGUUCUACUUCUUGGUGGAUGGUGGUUCGACAAAAUGGUAAAGAAAAUGAGGAGGAUUAAACAGAAGAACAAGUUCUUCAAAAGAAAUGGUGGUUUAUUGUUACAACAACAAUUAGCUUCACAUGAAGUUAAUAUUGAGAACACAACAUUAUUUAAUUCAAAAGAUUUGGAGAAGGCCACUGACAAUUUUAAUGUCAAUAGAAUACUUGGCCAAGGAGGACAAGGUACGGUUUACAAAGGCAUGUUGGUAGAUGGAAGAAUCGUUGCAGUGAAAAAGUCAAAGGUAGUUGAUGAAGAAAAACUUGGAGAAUUUAUUAAUGAAGUUGUCAAUCUUUCACAAAUUAACCACAGAAAUGUGGUUAAGUUAAUUGGCUGUUGUUUGGAGACGGAAGUUCCUCUGCUAGUUUACGAAUAUAUUCCUAACGGAACUCUUUUCCAAUACAUCAAUGACCAAACUGAGGAGUUUCCGAUAACAUGGGAUAUGCGUUUACGAAUUGCAAUAGAAGUUGCUGGAGCUCUUUUCUACUUACACUCAGUAGCUUCCACACCCAUUUACCAUCGGGACAUUAAGUCUACAAACAUACUUUUAGAUGAUAAAUACAGAGCUAAAGUAGCUGACUUUGGAACUUCAAGAUCCAUCACUGUUGAUCAAACUCACUUAACCACACUAGUGCAUGGCACUUUUGGAUACUUGGAUCCUGAGUAUUUCCAGUCAAGUCAGUUUACAGACAAGAGUGAUGUUUAUAGUUUCGGUGUCGUCCUUGCUGAGUUGUUAACUGGUGAAAAAGCAAUCUCUUCAACAAGGACACAAGAAUUCAAAAGUUUAGCCACAUAUUUUAUUCAAUCGAUGGAAGAGAACAAUUUGUUUGAUAUUGUUGAUAGUCGAGUUUUGAAGGAAGGUAAGAAAGAAGAGAUCAUUGCAAUCGCGAACCUUGUGAAAAGGUGCCUGAACUUAAAUGGGAAGAAACGUCCUACAAUGAAAGAAGUCGCAAAGGAAUUGGAGGCCGUUCAAAUGUUGCAUAAAGCUUCUAAGCUUCAACAAAAUUAUGAAGAGCUUGAAUAUGACCAUGCAGAAAUGUACAAGCCAUGGGAUGCUGGUGCCACAUCAACAAUGUCAACCUUAUCUAUAGACUCCCAACCAUUAUUAUCUUCUUAAUCAGUGUGAGUUAGUUUUUUUGUUUUGGUUUUUUUUUUUUUUUUUAAUGUCAUAUUGUAGGCUACAUAAUUUGUUAUUUACGUUGUAUUUUACUAGUAAUUUCAAGAAUCAUCCAAGAACAUGAAUU